CAGGUCCAGGACAGUGGCCGAGCUGGCGCCCCCCACCCCCAGCGCAUGCCGUUUUCUAUAAAGCGCGUUCCUGCUGGCUCACGCACGCGCCAGGCUUGCAGUGGCUGGGUCCGUCGGGCUGCGGACCGUACCAAGUCAACCGGGACGGCGAGGGGCACAGCCGGGAACCCCCUGCGCGGGGCCUCGUCGACAGCCCGACUCGGAGAGCCCCUCUUCCCACUGUGCGACAGGAAUGGUCCAUCUCUCCGCGCAAGCGCCCUAGGCUCUGCACGCCCCUCGCUCUCCCUCCUACCCCGCUUGCAGCGCAGGCGCAGAGCCCGGGCGUGCAGCCGCCGCCGCCGAGCCGGAGCGGGGCCCGUGGGCGCCGCAUCCCUCUCUACCUGCCAACAUCCUGCAUUAGAGAAUUUGUGGCUGUGGAGAGCUGGCCAGGGAGGGACGCUGCCCAGCUGCUGCUCUGCUCCUGUCUCCUGUCCCCUCCCCUGGCCAUGACAGAGACCCGUGAGCCAGCUGAGACUGGGGGCUACGCCAGCUUGGAAGAAGAUGAUGAGGACCUCUCUCCAGGCCCCGAGCAUUCCUCUGACUCAGAAUACACUCUCUCAGAGCCGGACUCCGAAGAGGAAGAAGAUGAGGAGGAGGAGGAAGAGGAGACCACUGAUGACCCUGAAUAUGAUCCUGGCUACAAGGUGAAGCAGCGCCUGGGCGGGGGCCGGGGCGGUCCGUCCCGCCGGGCCCCCCGUGCAGCCCAGCCCCCGGGCCCCCCAGCCCAGCCCUGCCAGCUCUGUGGCCGCUCGCCCCUUGGGGAGGCCCCACCAGGCGCCCCACCUUGCCGCCUCUGCUGCCCCGCUACAGCCCCCCAGGAAGCGCCAGCCCCUGAAGGCAGGGCCCUCGGGGAGGAAGAGGAGGAGCCGCCUCGGGCUGGGGAGGGCCGACCAGCCGGGAGGGAGGAGGAGGAGGAAGAGGAGGAGGAGGAGGGCACCUACCACUGCACGGAGUGCGAGGAUUCCUUCGCCAGCCUCGGGGAGCUGCAUGGGCACUUCAUGCUGCAUGCCCGGGGGGAGGUGUAGGCAGAGCCCCACGCAGGCAGCUUGGUGGGGGGCGGAGGGAGGAGGGGGCUGAGGAAAUCUGGGUGGUCGGCGCUCGGGG